AUGACCACGAUGAUCGCAGCUAGCUCCAUAGUGAAAGCCAACCUUCCUUGCUCGUCAAGGAUAUCCUCCAGCUCAGACUUCUCAUCUGGUCAUUCUUGGCGCCCAUUAGAGGCGGCAAAACAUUACCGGGCGCAUGGUGUGCGCUCGCUGCGGAUAACAUGUGCUGCCACUAAGACUGCGAAAUCUCCAGGUACUGUGAAUACGCUUGGCUCCUUUUACUUGAUAUGGAACUGUUCGUUACUCUGUUUAUGCAUGAUGCUAUCUUGGCAUGUUAACCCCCUUUUUUUUGCAGCUGAAGAAGAAUGGAAGAUCAAACGGCAACUCCUAGUAGAGAAGCGGGUACGUAGUGUUGAUGUGAAGGAAGCACUGCGCCUUCAAAACGAAAACAACUUUGUAAUUCUCGAUGUCAGACCAGAAGCAGAGUUCAAACAGGCUCACCCACCUGGUGCUGUUAAUGUACAAAUAUACAGAUUAAUAAAGGAGUGGACAGCAUGGGAUAUUGCAAGGAGGGCUGCAUUUGCUUUCUUUGGCAUAUUUGCAGGAACAGAAGAAAAUCCUGAGUUCAUAAAAAGCGUUGAAGAAAAACUUAAUAAAGAUUCAAAGAUAAUUGUAGCAUGUUCAGCAGGAGGAACAAUGAAGCCAACACAGAAUCUACCUGAUGGGAAGCAAUCUAGGUCUCUGAUAGCGGCGUACCUGCUGGUGCUAAACGGCUACAAGAACGUGUUCCAUCUGGACGGAGGCCUCUACACAUGGUUCAAGGAAGACCUGCCAUCUGAAGGAGAAGAAGAUUGA